AUGCUUCGCUUCCGUCGCUGGUUCAAUAUGGCCGAAACUGCUGCUAAGAAGCUCAAGACCUCGUCCCCCUUGAUUGGGACUCAUAGUGGUCACUUCCACGCCGAUGAGGCCCUGGCGGUCUACAUGCUUCGCCUGCUCCCCACCUACGCCUCUUCUCCGCUGGUGCGUACCCGCGACCCGGCUCAGCUAGAGACAUGCCACACCGUGGUCGACGUUGGUGGCGUGUACGACGCUGCCAUCAACCGCUUUGAUCACCACCAGCGCACCUUCUCCACCACCUUCCCCAAGCACAACACCAAGCUCUCAUCUGCUGGUCUAGUGUACAUGCACUUUGGCCGUGCCAUCAUUGCCCAGCACAUGUCCCUGCCCGAGGACCAUGCCGAUGUCGACCUCCUCUACGAGAAGCUUUACACGGACUUUGUCGAGGCCAUUGAUGCCAAUGACAACGGUAUUUCCGCCUACGACCCCGCCGCGGUUUCUGCUGCCAACCUGGAGAAGCGCUUUAAGGAUGGCGGAGUCACUCUCGCUUCCAUUGUCAACGACAUGAACAACCCGGACCCCACCAGCCCGCCGGGUGAGCCCCAGGACGAGGAUAGUCUGUUCGGCCGGGCCAGCACACUCAUCGGCAAUGUCUUCGCCCGCAAGCUUCACCACGCCAGCUCCUCGUGGCUCCCGGCCCGCACCACCGUUGGAGCUGCGUACCAGGCGCGCACCGACGCCCAUUCCUCCGGCCGCAUUCUCGUGUUGCCACAGGGUGGUGUUCCCUGGAAGGAGCAUCUGUACAACUUUGAGAAGGAUGCUUCAAACGGCAAGGAGAUUGAUCGUGCGGCGCAGGUCUACUACGUUCUUUAUCCCGAGAGCGCCGCCGAAGACUCCAAGUGGCGCGUGCAGUGUGUCUCUGUGUCUGAGAGCAGCUUCGAGUCCCGGAAGCCCCUGCCCGAGGCCUGGCGCGGUGUCCGCGAUCAGGACCUGGAUGGUGUCAUGGCUUCCGAGGCCGAGAAGGCCGGUCAGUCCAAGCUCCCCGCGGGCGCAAUCUUCGUGCACGCCAGCGGUUUCAUUGGCGGUCACCAGACCCGUGAGGGUGCCAUGGCCAUGGCUGUGCGAAGCCUUGAGCAAUGA